UAGCUGAUGUGUGACCUCACCCAUUUCAGUAACUUGAGGACAUCCAGUCUUUCUCUCUGGUCUCACAAUGCUUUACAAUGCUUUAUUAUCACUAGCAGCAUUUAUGUUUUGUCUUAGUCUUUUCCUGGUGCACAGAGCCAGUGUUUUAGAAAAUGAUUUUCGCAAACUCCAAGGGGACAUAAUUCUACAAUUAAAUCAGCCACGUUCUGAGGGAGUCAAUGGGAAAAUGGCCAAGAUGUCUAAAACAAGUGAGGACAUAAAGCCAAGUACUUUGCAAAAAGCUCAGAGUUCUCUGAAGAUGUCUUCAAGGAGAGUAAAACGGGAACAGGGCAGCUGCAGAGCUCCAACAUCAUUCCUGCAGUUAACAGCUAACAUUAACAAACAGCCAGACACAAGAGGAAAUAUAACAGUGAUCCCUUGGACUGUUUCUGCGCAGCAAGGAAAUGCAAUUUCACAAAAAGAAAACAGAAUUGUUGUCCAAGAAGAUGGAUUUUACUUGGUGUUUGGACAAGUAUUGUGUCACUGUUACUCAAGCAUAACUAAAUUGAUAUUACAUCUGAUUUGUUCCAACUGCUCCGCUAAUGUUCUGCUUAAUUCACAGGUUUUGUUCAAAAGCCCAAGUACAGUUAUGGGUCACAUCAUUCGAAGCUGGGGUACCACUGGAACGGGGACGACAUCAACAGAGCUCUUGCGCUGCCUGCAAGAGAUGCCAGAUGAAACUCCUGCCAAUACAUGCUACACCUCAGGCAUAGUGCAGCUGCAUCAGGACGAUGAGCUAGAGUUGGUGAUACCAUACAGGCCCCAAGCCCUCAUCUCUAUGGACGCAGACUCAACCUUUUUUGGUGUCAUACAGCUGAACUGAGACAAGACAGUAUGAAGAUGAUAACUCUGCAGCUCGUUGCUGCAGGAUGUAGAAAACUGACACUGAGCCGUGUGAGGGGAUGCUGAUAAAAGACAGUGACAGACAGCAGCAGGAUAACUGUCGGAGCCUGUCAUUAAUCUCAGGAAAAUACAUAAUGAACUUUUUAAGUGAACUUCCCAUUUCUUGUGUCAGUUUUUUGAAGACAACUUCUUUUAAAACCCUUUAGCUUUGAUGGUGUAUCCUUCAGGUAGUCCACCUGGGCCUGUCCCCUAGUAUUGUUUAUGUGCGCUACCAUCUCCUUUCAUCAGUCUAUUUUAACAUGUCUCUUUAUACCUUGCCGGGAGCUUCCCUCCAGCUCCACCACCGCGCCGUCUGUUUAUUUGUUCCUCUCGUCUAUUUUAGAAUCGUUUCCGUUUUCCUAAUAUGUCAGGAACAAACAAAGGUUUAAAUUUAUAUUUCUCUGGAGGUGUUUUCCUGGUUGACACAAAAUGCUCAACACUGUAAAUACUUUAUCAUGAUACAAUUUAACUUGUUACAAAAUAAAUGUGUAUUAGUACAAAUAAAUUCCCAAUUGGUAUUAAGGUUCAUAACUAAUUUAGAACGUAUGCAUCUGUAUAAUUGGUUACAUUAAAGACAGAAAUAUGAGCAUCUUUGUCUAAAAGCCUGUUUUUAUCCAAAUGUUUUCUUAAUAGAAAAGUGACAUAUCAGUGGUCAAGCCUUUAUUGUCUAAAUAUAGUAUCCACAGUGCCUAUCUGGUGUCCACAGCUGUUUUCUCUCUUCUAUUUUUUAUGAAGCCUGGCUAUAAGAGGGUGUGUGUGUGUGUGUGUGUGUGUGUGUGUGUGUGUGUAUAUGAGCUCUGGCAGCAGCAGUAGUG